ACCGUCUCCACAUCGGUAUCGGUCCAGGACCCGGUCUCUGCCGCCACCGCCAUCAUGUGUGACUGCUUCCACCUGGCCUUCCCCAACUGGCACGCCGCCUCUUCAGGGACGGCAGCUGGUCGGAGGCUGAGAGGACCAGAACCGGGGACAGAGGACGAUUCAAUAUGUGACGAGCCAUCUCAGUUCACUGAGGGGGAGAGACCACGCCCUCAAGGAUCGUCUCCCGUCGAGGAGUAUCCGGAAAAAUUUGACAGUGAGAAGUGUGAAGCGGAGCAUGACCCAUACCAAAAAAGUGGAAGCGGAAAGAAAGCAAAAAAGUCUGGGCUCGGUUCCAUAUUUGACAAGCGCUCGACUCCAAAGAUGAGUAAACUGAAGGAGGUUCACAGCCCUGAGUCGGGGGUGAUUGUGAAAACGGCCAAAGAUGGAUGUGCAGAGGGUCUUGUUUACGGCGGCGGAGGGAAAGACGGAAUCUUUAUAAAGGAUGUGGUACCAGAGUCACCUGCCUCCAAAAGUCUGCAGCUAAAACAGGGUGACCAGAUUCUGAGUGCUACAGUGUAUUUUGAAAAUGUGUCGUAUGAAGAUGCAAUUCAGAUUCUGGAGCAUGCUCAGGGUUAUAAGAUGAAACUCUGCUUGAAACGCAAACCAGACAUCGUCGAGACUGAACCAACCAUCGAGUCUGACGUCAUCCCUGAGGAUGAUGCCAACGUUCCAGAGAUGAGGGAACAAGGAAAAACAAAAAGACGAGGCGAUGCCCGCAUUUCGUGGCCUAAGUUUCCCUCAUUUGGUAAAGGACGGAAGUCUCGUUUCACAAGGUCUCACAGCUCCUCGGAGGCUGAUGAGCAGAGGAAACUAGAGCUCAGUCCAACCACAAGUGAUACAGAGUCGCCGAUAAAAUCUCAGGAUGCUCUAAAAGGUAAAAAGAGGCAUAAGAUGAAGCUUCCGACCCUGACAAAGAGGGGUCGUAUAAGUUCUUCUGAGGAACAAGACACAGACAUGCCAACAACUGAGCAGAUCAGUAGCGCUCACAUUCAUCACACACAAGAAUCAUCAGACUUAAUGUCUCCUGAAGGCUUUGAAAGCCCUACACAUGACAUUUAUGUGACAGAAGAGCAGAGAAAAGUUGAUGAUCAAGAGUCAAAUGAAAAACACAAAGUGGAACUCAUCUGUAUAGACAGCACUUUGAAAACAGCAGAUCUCACUGUGGCUCUGGCUGACCAAGAGACUCCCUCUGCAACCACAUCCCCUGAUGGCAAGAAGAAGAAGAAGGAAAGGUCUGACUUAAAAAUUAAAAUUUUGGGGAAGGAUAAAUCACACAAGCAAAAAGCUAAAUCCUCACCGAAAAGGCUGAAAACAAUGGGGGCCAGUUUUGAUGCCACAGAUCAACAAGGAAAAACAGAUCAACCAGCAACUGAUGCCAGUCCUCAAAAAGCACAGAUGGAAUUACAUGUACCAAAGGUGGAACUGGAUGUACCACUUAUAUGCAAGACCACACAGAAAGGGGAAGAAAAAACACUGAAAGGAAAGGAACAAAAAGCAGGAUUCAAACUGCCUAAAGUAAGCCUAGGAGAUAUGGUCACUGAGGAAAGCAUACAAAAAAUGAGUGUAAGUGUUGGGGAAGCAGAAACUAAAAUUGAGCAGAACACACAAGUGAAAGACGACCCUUAUGACAGGCUCUCAAAAAGCAACCUUUCGAAAACACAACUUCCAAAACGUGAAGACAUUGAGAUUCCAGGUAUGGAGGAUGUGUCUCAAAGAACCACAGGCAAAGGAAUUAAAGAACCUAAAGCUCCUCUAGCCAGUUUUUCUGAGGAAAUUCAAGCUGAAACUGUUCAACUGUUGAUUGAUGUUGACAGUGUAAAGGAGGCAGUUUCAAAAUUGCCUGGAUAUAAGUUGCCUAAGGUUGACACUUCUGGGAUGCCUAUUCCGGAAGAGAUUACUGUAAUAGAUGCAAAUGCACAAAGAAUAUCAGUAAAAACACCCACUAAAUUAGUAGAUACCAAGACAAAACAUGACACAGUUUUGACUAAGUCUGAUGUAACUGUCUUCCCAGAAAUUUCCAAGACUACAGUCAAACUGCCAAAGACAGAACCAUCUGAUUUAACCUCAGAGGAACUCAUAAUUGAGACUAAAGUACAUGUUAAAAGACCAGACACAGACAAGACCACAGCUGAAUAUGAAUUGGGAGCUUCCCCAAAAGAACUGGAUAAGAAAUCAAGAAGGGCAAAAAUAACAAUGCCAAGCUUUGGAGUGGAAAAACCAGACAUAAGAAUCCCUGAAUUUGGAAUUGACUUGCCAAAACUGGAUCUCAAAGGUGAUAAAGUACAAGGACAAAGAACAAUAUUCCUUCAAGAAGUGAAAAUGUCAAAAACUGAAGUAUGGAAAGGCAAGGAGCCAAGUGAUGGAGUAUCAAGUGAAGUCAAAGUACCUGACAUCAAGGGUGAAAUGGAAGUUCCCAGUGAUGACAUGAAAUACAUUGAUUCAGCAAGUGCUUCACCAUCAAAAAUUGGUGUUACCAUUGGACUUCCAAGUUUUGGCAUUCACGUUGAUGAACAGACCAAACUUCCCAAAUCUGGAAAAGUUAGUACAGAAAUUAGUGCAAACGUACCUAAUCUAGAUUCUGAUAUAAACAUUGAUGGAACACAGAUAAAAUCGCCAGAAAAGGGCAGCAAGUUUAAAAUGCCAAAUAUUGGCAUCUCUAUUCCAAAGGUGAAAGGACCUAAAAGUGAUUUAAGCCUAUCAAAGAAAGAUGCAGAAGUCAUACUCCCUGAUGCUCACGCUGGCGUAAAACUCCCAGAGGUGACUGAUGGAUAUGUAAAUGUUUCUAGUCCAGAGCAAACAGUGGUUGUUAAACAACCUGAAUUUGAAAUUAAAUCACUACAGAUGGAAGGUGACCAUGAUGGGCAGGGAAGCAAAUUCAAAAUGCCAAAGUUUGGUAUCAAAAUGCCAAAAAUGAAAGGUCCUGAAUUUGAUGUAAGCUUGUCAAAGAAAAAUGUAGAUGUGACACUACCAGAGGUUGGAGCUGAAGUCAAACUUCCAGAAGCCCCUGAGGUUGAUAUUACUCCAGGAGACUUGGAUGCUUCAGUUCCACAGCAAAAGAUAGAGAUCCAAAAGCCAGAGUUGGAAAUGAAAUCUCUGCACACUGAAGGUGAGCUCGAAGUACAAGGAGGCAAGUUCAAAAUGCCAAAGCUUGGAAUCAAAAUGCCAAAAAUAAAAGGUCCUGAAUUUGAUGCAAGUUUGCCAAAGAAAAAUGUAAAUGUAACACUACCAGAGGCUAAAGCAGAAAUCAAACUUCCAGAAGCUCCUGACGUUGAUGUUACUCUUGGAAAAGUAGAUGUUUCAAUUCCAGAGGCGAAGAUGGAGGUUGAGAAACCUGAAGUAGAAAUCAAACCUUUGCAAACAGACAUAGAACUUGAAGGACAAGGAAGCAAGUUCAAAAUGCCAAAGUUUGGUAUCAAAAUGCCAAAAAUGAAAGGUCCAGAAUUUGAUGUAAGCUUGUCAAAGAAAGAUGUAGAUGUUACACUACCAGAGGCUAAAGCAGAAGUGGAACUCCCAGAUAUUCCUACGACUGACAUUUCACUUGGAAAUAUUGAUAUUUCUGCUCCAGAGCAAAAGGUGGCAGUCAAAACUGAAGUCGAAGGUGAAUUUGAUGGACAAGGAGGCAAGUUUAAAAUGCCAAAGUUGGGAAUAACUAUGCCAAAAGUAAAAGGGCCUGAAAUUGACUUGAGCCUCUCAAAGAAAGAUGUAGAAGCCACUCUACCAGAAGUCAAAGCUGAAGUUAAAAUGCCUGAACCUGCUGCCAAAGUGGAUAUUAAAACUCCUGAAAUUAAAGGUGCUGUAAAGGAUGUAGAAGGAUCACCCUUGAAAUUUAAAAUGCCAACAUUCAAGUUACCUAAAUUUGGAGCUUCAACACCUAGUGUUAGUGUAGAAGUACCUGAUAAGGAUCUUCAAAUUAAGGAAGCACAAUUGAAAACACCUAAAGAAGGUGCUAAAAUUGAGAUUACCGCACCCAGAGUUGAGAUUGAGGAUCCAUCUUUAGAUGUAAAAACAGCAGAUGCUGACCUUGAUGGGAAAGGAAGCAAAUUUAAAAUGCCUAAAUUUGGAAUAUCGAUGCCAAAAGUAAAAGGACCUGAAAUAGAUUUAAGCCUAUCAAAGAAAGAAAAAGAUGUAAAAUUACCAGAGGCCCCUGGAGUUGAUGUCAAUCUUGGAAAGGUAGAUGUUUCAGUCCCAGAAGCAAAGAUCAAGGUUGAGAAACCUGAACUGGAGGUUAAACCUUUGCAAACAGAUGUUGAAGUUGAAGGUCAAGGCAGCAAGUUCAAAAUGCCCACGUUUGAUGUGUCAAUGCCAACAGUAAAAGGACCAGAAUUUCAUCUUGGCCUGUCAAAGAAAGAUGGAGAUAUCACACUACCAGAAGCCAAAGCAGAUGUUAACGUCCCUGAUGUUGAACUAAAGGAACCUAAGGCAGAAAUUAAAGCUCCUCAAAUUGAAGUGUCAAGUAAAGUAACAGAAGGAUCACCUUCAAAAUUUAAAUUGCCAAGUUUCAGUUUCUCUAUGCCUAAAGUUAAAGGUCCUGAGAUCAACCUAUCAAAGAAAGAUGCAGAUAUCACAUUACCAGAGCCAAAAGCAGAAGUCAAACUCCCAGAAGCUCCAAACGUUGAUGUCAGUCUUGGAAAAGUAGAAGGUUUGGUACCAGAGGCAACGCUGGACAUUAAAAAACCUGAAGUUGAAAUAAAACCUUUGGAGACUAAUGUUGAACUUGAAGGACAAGGGGGCAAAUUCAAAUUGCCAAAGUUUGGAUUCUCAAUGCCAAAAGUCAAAGGACCUGACAUUGACUUAAGCUUAUCAAAGAAAGAAAUUGAUGUCACAGUACCUGACGCUAAAGUCGAAGUCCAGCCUCCAGACACCCCAAAAAUUUCUGUGGAAAUGAAACCACCUGAAGGUGAAGUACAAAUUGAUAGAAAUGAAGGAAAAUUCAAAAUGCCAAAGUUUGGAAUCAAACUGCCAAAAGUAAAAGGGCCUGAAAUAGAUUUAAGCCUAUCAAAGAAAGAAAAAGAUGUAAAACUACCAGAGGCCCCUGGAGUUGAUGUUAAUCUUGGAAAAGCAGAUAUUUCACUUCCAGAAGCAAAGAUCAAACUUGAGAAACCUGAACUGGAAGUUAAACCUUUGCAAGCAGACAUUGAAGCUGAAGGUCAAGGCGGCAAGUUCAAAAUGCCCAAGUUUGAUGUCUCAAUGCCAACAGUAAAAGGACCAGAAUUUCAUCUUGGCUUCUCAAAGAAAGAUGGAGAUGUCACACUACCACAAGUCAAAGCAGAUGUUAACCUCCCUGAUGUUGAAUUAAAAGAUCCUAAGGCAGAAAUUAAAGCUCCUCAAAUUGAAGUUUCAGGUAAAGUAACAGAUGGAUCACCUUCCAAAUUUAAAUUGCCAAGUUUUGGUUUCUCCAUGCCUAAAGUUAAAGGUCCUGAGAUUAACCUAUCAAAGAAAGAUGCAGAUAUCACAUUACCAGAGCCAAAAGCAGAAGUCAAACUUCCAGAAGUUCCAAGAGUUGACCUCAGUCUUGGAAAAGCAGAAGUUGUGGUACCAGAAACAAAGUUGGGCAUAGAAAAACCUGAUGUUGAAACAAAACCCUUGGAGACGGAUGUUGAACUUGAAGGACAGGGAAGCAAAUUCAAAUUGCCAAAGUUUGGAUUCUCAAUGCCAAAAGUCAAAGGACCCGAAAUUGACCUAAGCUCAUCAAAAAAAGAUGGUGAUGUCACACUACCAGAGGCUAAGGUUGAUGUCAAUCUCCCUGAAGUAGAACUAAAGGACCAUUCUGCAAAAGUUGAAGUGAAAGCUCCUGAGAUUGAAGCUCAAGUAAGCAGUAUGAAGGGAUCGCCAUCAAAAUUCAAAAUGCCUACGUUCAAGUUACCUAAAUUUGGGUCUACAGCUGCUAACGUGAGUGCAGAAGUACCUGAAAUGGACACAGAUAUUAACAUUGAUGGGGCUGACAUGCACAUAUCAGUGCCACAGAAAGAUGUUGAUGCGCCAGAAGUUAAAGGAGAAGUUCUUGAACCAGUGAUUGAAGUCAAGGAGCCUUUGAGUGGUGUAGUAAUAGAACAUCCAGAAGGUGUUGAGAUAGAUGCAAAACUUAAAAAGCCAAGGUUCUCACUGCCCAGAUUUUCUUUUUCAAAACCAAGUAUUAAAGGGCCAGAGGUUGAUAUCAGUGGUCCAGAUGGGCACGUUGCACAUCCAGAAGGAAAGGUGGAAGUGAAAGGCGGUGAAAUGGAUAUGAAACUGCCAGAGGGCGACGGUGAAGUUGAUGGACAAGGAGGCAAGUUUAAAAUGCCAAAGUUGGGAAUCACAAUGUCAAAGAUUUCAGGGCCUGAAAUCGAUUUAAGUUUAUCCAAGAAAGAUGUUGAUGUGACACUACCAGAAUCUAAAGCUGAAGUUACGCUCCCUGAUGUUGAACUUAAAGGACCUGAAGUGGAAAUUACAGCACCUCAGAUCAAAGUUGCAACAAAGGAUAGAGAAGAAUCUCCAUCAAAAUUUAAGAUGCCAACAUUCAAACUACCAAAGUUUGGUGUGACUGCUCCAAGUGUCACUGUGGAUGUACCAGACGCUAGCAAAGACAUAAAAAUGGAUGGAGCUGAUGUUAAAAUCCCUGAAGAGGUUCUUUCUGUUCAAAUUGCACCACCCUCCAUCCAAACUGAUACUCCAUCAGUUGAUAUAAAAAUGUCCGGGACUGAACUUGAAGGAAAAAGAGGCAAAUUUAAACUGCCAAGUCUUGGUUUUACUGCAUCUCAAAUGAAAGCACCUGACAUCGAUGUAAACACCACACUACCAGCAGCCACAGCUGAAGUUCAACUCCCUGAUGUUGAAUUGAAAGACACUUCUGCUAAAGUGGAUAUUAAAGCACCUGGAAUUGAGGUUCAGACAAGCAAUGUUGAAGGCUCUCCAUCAAAAUUUAAAAUGCCAACAUUCAAACUUCCCAAAUUUGGAGUCACUGCACCACAGGUCAAUGUGGAAGUACUUGAUUUGGAUAAGGAUAUUAAAGUUAAUGAAACAGAUUUAAAUUUGUUGAAGAAGGAUGUAAAUGUAGAGUUACCCGAAGUAAAAGCUGAAGUCAAACUUGAUUCUGACAUCCCAGAGCCUUCAGUUGAUGCAAAUUUAAGAAAAACUAGCUGGACCUUGCCAAGAUUUUCAUUUUCAAAACCAAGCAUUAAGAGCCCUGAAACGGAUGUCAAUCUUAAAGUUGAUGUUGCAUUACCAGAAGUCAAAACAGACAUACCGUCUCCAGAUAUUGAUGUCAAAGAGUCAUCAGAGAUUGCCGUAGAAGGACAGCCAACUGCAGAUAUUGAUAUUAAACUCAAAAAGCCAAGGUUUUCACUACCUAAAAUUUCAUUCUCAAAACAAGCCACAAAAGAAGCUGAAGUUGAUGCCAAUCUCCCAGAUGUUGACGUUUCUCUUCCAGAAGGAAAAGUGGAGGUCAAAAAACCUGACGUAGACACUAAAAUGCCAGAAGCGGAAUUAGAUGCUCAGGGAAGUAAGUUUAAAAUGCCAAGGUUUGGCAUAUCAUUGCCAAAAGUCAAAGGGCCUGAAAUUGAUUUAAGUACCACUAAGAAAGAUGUUGACGUCACAAUCCCAGAAGCCAAAGCUGAAAUUCCAGAGGCCGAGGUUCAAACUGGGAAUUCUGAAGGAUCACCAUUAAAAUUCAAAAUGCCAACGAUCAAAUUACCCAAACUUGGAGCUACUGGCCCCCAAGUAAGUAUAGAAGGUCCUGAUGUUGACAAAAACACUAAAAUUAAAGGGGCAGAGGUGAAAGUACCUAAGGUGGAAGCUACAAUUAAAGCACCCAGUGUUGAAACAGAAGGUCUAUCUGUAGAUGUAGAAACAAAAGGAGCUGAAGUUUCAGGAAGUAAGUUCAAAAUGCCAAGGUUUGGCAUUUCAAUGCCAAAAGUCAAGGGGCCUGAAAUUGAUUUAAGUGUUACUACAAAAGACGGCAAUGUCAAAGUCCCAGAAGCCAAGGCUGAAGUUCCACAGGCUGAAGUUGAAACUGGGAGUACUGCAGGAUCACCAUUGAAGUUUAAAAUGCCAACAAUCAAAUUACCCAAACUUGGAGUUGGUGUAGAAGCUCCUGAUGUAGACAAGGAAGUUAAAAUUGAAGAGACAAAGGUAAAAGUACCUAAAGGCAAAGCUUCAAUUAAAGCCCCCAGUAUUGACACUGAAGAUCUAUCUGUAAAUGUAGAAACAAAAGGAGCGGAAGUUUCAGGAAGUAAGUUUAAAAUGCCAAGGUUUGGCAUUUCAAUGCCAAAAGUGAAGGGGCCUGAAAUUGAUGUAAGUGUAACUACAAAAGACAGUAGUGUCAAAGUCCCAGAAGCGAAGGCUGAAGUUCCACAGGCUGAAGUUGAAACGGGGAGUGCUGAAGGAUCACCAUUAAAAUUUAAAAUGCCAACAAUGAAAUUACCCAAACUUGGAGUUGGUGUAGAGGCUCCUGAUGUAGAUAAGGAAGUUAAAAUUGAAGAGGCAAAGGUGAAACUACCUAAAGGGGAAGCUUCAGUUAAAGUACCCAGUAUUGACACUGAAGGUCAAUCUGUAGAUGUAGAAAAAAAAGGAGCUGAAGUUUCAGGAAGUAAGUUUAAAAUGCCAAGAUUUAGCAUUUCAAUGCCAAAAGUCAAGGGGCCUGAAAUUGAUUUAAGUGUUACUACAAAAGAUGGCAAUGUCAAAGUCCCAGAAGCCAAGCCUGAAGUUCCACAGGCUGAAGUUGAAACGGGGAGUGCUGAAGGAUCACCACUUAAGUUUAAAAUGCCAACAAUCAAAUUACCCAAACUUGGAGUUGGUGUAGAAGUUCCUGAUGUAGACAAGGAAGUUAAAAUUGAAGAGACAAAGGUAAAAGUACCUAAAGGCAAAGCUUCAAUUAAAGCCCCCAGUAUUGACACUGAAGAUCUAUCUGUAAAUGUAGAAACAAAAGGAGCAGAAGUUUCAGGAAGUAAGUUUAAAAUGCCAAGGUUUGGCAUUUCAAUGCCAAAAGUGAAGGGGCCUGAAAUUGAUGUAAGUGUAACUACAAAAGACAGUAGUGUCAAAGUCCCAGAAGCGAAGGCUGAAGUUCCACAGGCUGAAGUUGAAACGGGGAGUGCUGAAGGAUCACCAUUAAAAUUUAAAAUGCCAACAAUGAAAUUACCCAAACUUGGAGUUAGUGUAGAAGCUCCUGAUGUAGACAAGGAAGUUAAAAUUGAAGAGACAAAGGUAAAAGUACCUAAAGGCGAAGCUUCAAUUAAAGCACCCAGUAUUGACACUGAAGGUCCAUCUGUAAAUGUGGAAACUAAAGCAGCUGAUGUUUCAGGAAGCAAGUUUAAAAUGCCAAGGUUUGGCAUUUCAAUGCCGAAAGUCAAGGGGCCUGAAAUUGAUAUAAGUGUUACUACAAAAGACGGCAAAGUCCCAGAAGCCAAGGCUCAAGUUCCAGAAGCUGAUGCUCAAACAGUGAAUGUUGAAGGAUCUCCAUCAAAAAUUAAAAUGACAGGUUUUGGUAUCUCAAUACCAAAAGUUAAAGGACCAGAAAUUGAUUUAAGUGUGUCAAAGAAAGACGUCAAUGUCCCAGUACCAGAAGCUAAUGUGGAAGCCAAACUUCCUGAUGUUGGCAUCAAAGACAGUGAAGUAUCUCUACCAGAUGUCCCUACAGAAGUUGAUGCUAAGAUGAAAAGACCAAGCUGGACAUUUCCAAGGUUUUCAUUUUCAAAACAAGGUGCUAAAGGUCCAGAUGCUAGUGUCAACCUCGAAGGUGAAGUAACAUUACCUGAGAUCAAAGCAGAAGUUUGUCCUCCAGAUCUUGAAGUUAAAGCACCUUCUGUUGCUGUUUCAGUGGAAGGGCCAUCUGUAGCAGAACCUGACAAAAGAAAGUUUUCACUACCAAGAUUUUCUUUUUCAAAGCCAAGUGUUAAAGAUCCAGCAGUCAGUGGUGAUGUUCCAGCUGUUGACGUUUCUCUUCCAGAGGUAGAUGUUAAGGUAACACAAUCUGAAAUGAAAUCCCCUGAGCUUGAAACUGAACAUGAUGGACAAGGAAGCAAGAUCAAACUGCCAAAGUUUGGCAUUGGACUACCAAAAGUUAAAGGACCUGAAAUUGAUUUCCAAGCAUCUCAAAAAAAUGUAGAACUUACACUGCCAGAAGUUAAAGCAGAGGUUAAACUCCCUGAAGCUGAAGUCCAAGACGCAUCAAUAGAGGCAAAAGCUCCUGAGAGUGAUGCCAAGGCAAAAGAUGUAGCAGGAUCGCCAUUGAAAUUUAAAAUGCCAGUCUUCAAAAUGCCAAAAUUUGGAGGUGCAACAGCUGGUGCCACAGUAGAAGAAAACGAUACAAUCAAAGAAACUGAUACUGAUAAUUUGAAACUUAAAAUAUCUAAAGAUGAAGGUGCAAUGAGCAUUACCACACCCACUCUUGAAGCUGAGGGCCCAACUAUUGAUAUCAAAACAACUAAGGAUGCUACUGUCAACAUAAAAGGUCCAAGUCUGGAAAUUAAAACGGAUACGUCCAAAGCAGCAACGCCAGAUUCUGAAACACCAAAGGAUGAGGCUGUUGGUGCAGGUCAGGGUUCCCCAAGUAAAUUUAAGUUACCAUCAUUCAAAAUGCCCAAACUUGGCUUCUCAAGAGCUAAAUCUGAAGAAGAACAAGUUCCUGGCACUGAAACUAAAGAAGAUCAGGAUGGUGAGCCAAAAGAGGAGACUAAAUCACCAAAGUUAACUCUGACAUCAUUUGGUGAAAUUCUCAAGAGCAUUGAUGUUGAAUUUGAUGUUCCAAAACCAGAGGAGGAAAGUCUUGAAAAGCAAAAGGAAGUCCACGAACCUGAAGAUCUCAAAGAAAAGCAACCAGAAGCAAAGGAAAAGGAGACAACGCAAGACACUGUAAAAAGCCCUGAGCGGACAGGGUGGUUCAAAUUCCCUAAAUUUGGACUAUCCUCUCCAACAGAAGCUGCUAAGACUUCUAAAAAAGAGGAGAGCAAGAGUGAAAAGAGUCCAGCAGGUGAAACAGGAGAUGAGGAAAUAAGUCCAACCUGUUCAAUUCAGUCAUCAGAAGCCUUUGCUGAUAUUAGCUCUGCAAUGACCAGUGAACACAUUGGCUUGUCAUCAUCCUCCCCAACCAAAGUAACUGUCAAAUACUCUGAUCCUGAUGCAGCUAUGGGGCUUGGAGAGAUGCAUGGUAACAUCAUUACUUCUACUACAAGAACGGAGCUCAUCUCAGUCGAACCCGACUUACCUGAGAAAAUCACCAUUCUGUCAUCGGGAGUUUCGUCGUCAUCCGAAGACACUCUCAAACUGGAUUCUGGAAAGAUUCAUAUGAUUAAAUCGAAUAUACAAGCAACACCAGAAGCACAGCAUGCCACUAUAUUAACUGCUCUCCAAAUCCAGGCAGCUGAGGGAAUUCCACUGAAAUCUCACGAAGGCGCGUCGUGGACGGUGACAGGCUCGCAAAGCAGUAAGACGACGUUCACGCAGAAGCACUUAGUCAAGCAAACAUCGAGUGAAAGCAAAGAGACAGUCGUUAUUACAAAACAAAUUACACGUGUAUUGAACACAGCUGAGCCCAUCUCGGAUGCAACGGCUACUUCCAUUCAGCGAUUAAAAGACUCUGUUCACGUUGACAAAAUGAAGUUUUUUGACGGAGCUGAGAAGUAAAACAAUACGAAGUUCAUCUAGAAUUAAAAUUCUUCAUUGUUCAUUGUUACAACUUUCUAGAAAGACUAGAAACAAAACUACGGAGCUAAUAUCCUGUCGGAACUAACAAAGAAACAAAGCCUGUUUUAUUAAUGCCCCAACAAAUAAUUUGAUUUGAUGAAAUGGAUACACCAGUUGAACAAAUACACAACACAAAUACCAAAAAAUACCUGUAAUUCCUAUGUUAUGCAAUAUUCUACAGAACUGUUUUUGUAACGGCUGAGGUUUACAAUCCCUGCUUUUUCUUUAGCCAAGAUAAGCUACAUGUAUGAAAUUCACAUUAAGAUAAAACAUCUCAAAAUUUAAUGUGGGAAACAUCAUUUGACCUGAAAAUAAACUUAACCAACUUAAAACUUAAACUUAACCUCAACCUUAAAUUUUGCCAGAAUUCUGUACAAAACACCUGCAAAUGGGCAGGGUGAUUUAUUCAGGACAUUUGUGAGAAAAUUGUCACGACAAGCCGAAUUAAUUUAUAUAGAACAGAGCGAAAACAAAAGGUAGGGCUGUGCCUUUGAAGGAUACAGUUUUUUGUACUUGUUUGUUUCUCAACAUGGUUUUAUUAGAAAUGCUUUGUGAUGUUCUGAGAUGAUAUUAGCUACACAUAAAAAAAAACUAACAAAAAACUACUCACUUUUUACACAAGGAUGAAUUCGUCAGCUUCCAGUGAUGGCUGUCGACCUGUAAAGACAUGGAUUCAUGUAAUCCACACUGAAAAUGUACUAAGUGUUAAUAAGAUGUGUGUGUGCCCUUAUAUCAAACUACAACAGGGCUUUACCAAAUAUUCAUGCUUAUGGUACAGAACUUAAGUAAGCCAUGUAUUUUGCUUUUGGAAUUUAUCGAGGUCUUUGUUGUUCUACCGUUGUUAUUACACAGCAUCAAUCUGAUAUUCUUGUACUUUAUCAGAUAAUAAUCACUGCUGCAUUUCAUUGAAAAAAAAAAAAAUCACGCAAAAAAUCUGAACAAGACUGUUGCAAAAAUCAAUCAAUGUUACUGACAUUCCAAAGUAUGUUUACAAUAAUUUCCCUGUAAAGAUCACAGUAAAAAACACCAGAAGUACUAUGAAGUAGUAGACGUACAUAGACAAACUGCAUACAUGUAUCACCAAGGAAUUCUUAUCGCUGUCGCUAACGUGUAAAGAAACAGUAGCAAAACAAGGCAAAGUGUACAAGAAGUGUAACGCCGCAACUAUAUUUUUAUUAAUAUUUUGCUUAGAACCUACUUUGCUAUGACUAAAAAUCUACCAACUGUAUGUUCUCUUCAAUAUCACUGUACAAAGUGCUAAUAUUGAACCUGCUGUGUAAAUAGCUUUUAAUGACGUCUGGAGUUUUAUUUAAUUACUGCUCCUAUUUGUAUUCUGACUCUGAUGUAAGCUUUAACUGAAUGUUUGCAAAGUUAUAAACAAAUAAAGAAAUAUUAUUAUAUGC